UCAGGAUCAGAAGUACAUAAAGCGCUACUUCGGGAAAGCUUCGGUGGAUACCGCGCAUGAAGUUUACAAGCCCAACUACGGCGACCGCAGUACAGGGAAGAAAGGAAUUGAAAGAAGCGGUUUUACGAAACUUUACGAAGUUAGGGGGGAUCUGCGUCUGCCGUCCUGUGGAGAUUAUCUCAGGAAAAGUGCAAUGGCUACCUUCCACAUUUCUGCGCAGCUCGUCGUCAUUGGGACAUGCGUGAGCUUUUACGGUGCAUUUGUGAAUGCAAAGCUCUCUUGCAAGGACGCCAAAGGAAACGAUGUUGACUGGUUUGUCGUCUACAAAAUACCAAAGACAAAGCCCGAUUCCAGGAGUUUCAAACAGCCAGAUGGUGGAGAAAUGGCGUACUUUGACAGUACUUAUACUAGUACUACAAGCCCAAUGUGGACGCUGUAUGAUAACAUUUAUAGUAAGAAGCCUAACCCCAUCAAAGAAACACUGGCUCCCAUUUACAAGAAGAAGUCCAAUGUCGCGUUUGUAGCUUACAACGAUCAGCCCCCCCGAAAUUUCAACGGCACGAGAGGAGGACACACAAAAGGUGUACUGAUGGUGGGAAAAGCACGGGACAUCGGAGCAGUUUGGCUGCAGCACAGCGUACCCCAGUUCGUCCAGGACGUUGGCAAUGACUAUCUGUACCCAGAAAAUGGACGAGAGAAUGGCCAGCUGUUCCUGUGCAUUACGUUUCCUAUACAAGAUGUGGAGCGCAUCGCAUACCACCUCCACGUACAGGCUAUAAAUGUGUACCAAAGGAACCUGCAGAAAUGGGCCCGUGCUUUCCCGUAUUUCUGGGCGCUCCUAAACAAGAAUUACUUGAGGAAUAUCCGUCACCUUCAGAUCAACCUGAUGCUCACACACCGGCGCCGACUUGUCCUGGCGAUUUCGAAGCCUACGAACUGGCCAAAAGAUAUUUACACAGAGGAGCUGAGGAACAAAAUGAAUAGUAGCAUCACCGUUCAGUCCUGGAGAAACGGUGCCGGCAAUGCUCAGACACAGUACUGCACAAAAGGCUACAGCGUUACCGAUGUCGAAACCAUACGUAUCCAGACUAAACAAGGAAGUAUAUAUUUUUCAAGCCGAGAGGAUCACAGCAAGUGGUACGUGGCGUGGAAAAGCGACAUUUUCUGCGCUUCUUCACUAAAUCGAAUGUUAUCGCAAAUGAAGCGAGGGGGAGGAAUCACGUGCAUCUGGAGUAAGCCACUGGCUGUGCUCUUCCGGAACAGCAUAGACAAAAGAAGUCGCUGCAAAGCAGAAUAACGUUGCCAAGAAACUAUUUUUUUGAGGUCGGCGAUGAGAAGCGUGUUAAAGAAACCAGCGAGGUUGCUAAUUAAAAAGCAAGAGCAAACCUACAAUGAGCUGCAAAUAAACCUGCGCAGUUUUGUGCCUUGAAUUUCC